AUGUUUAAAACCAUUCCUAAUUAUCUAGUGGUCCCUAACAUUCCUAUUUUUUUUCUGGCUUCGGCCUUAACCUUGGCUGAUGAAACCAGCAAAAAGGGCGGUGCGUUCGCAGUUGGAAAUUUUUCACUUUACUUUAUUUCUGUCAAAAAUUUAAACAGUGAAGUGGGGAAAAUAGUUGACGCUUUAUUAACGGUAGACGAGCUAUCGAGUAGUUUAGAAGUUGUUAACGAAGCGGUUCAAGCCCUCCACCGUCCAACUACUCCUUUGCCAAGGCCAGUCAUCGCACCCAAGAAAAGUCAACCUUUUGUCAAUGGAGAUAUAAUUUUUCAGAAGGUAGUAUUUGCUUAUCCUAAACGACCGCAACAAAGUAUUUUACGAAACUUUACUUUCACUUUUCAACAAGGAAAAAUUUACGGCAUUGCUGGAAAAAACGGCAUUGGCAAAAGCACGAUUACUAAAACUACCCUUAAACUCUAUGAUUUAAAAGAAGGACAGAUCUUUAUUGGGGAACGUAAUAUUCAAGAAAUAGACACUAUUGACCUCCACCAACACAUUUGCUAUCAAACUAAUCGUCCGACUUUUUUCCGCAUGAGUAUUGCCGAGAAUGUUUGCUAUCCUGACAAAUAUAAUCGAAAAGACUAUGACAAAUUAGUAGAGGCUGCCAAAAAAACUGGCAUUUAUGAGUUCAUUACUAAACUGCCGCAGGGUUUUGACACUGUAUUAAGAGAAGGGGGCGCCGACCUCUCCGAAGGACAAAAGCAACAAAUCUCAGCCAUGAAAAUGUUUAUCAAUGACUAUGACAUUUACAUUUUGGAUGAAAUAUUAAGCAACGUUCAUCCUGAUUUGAAAGAAAUUAUUUUAGGAAACAUUUUCACUAAAUUAAAAGGAAAAACAGUCUUGGUAAUCGACCAUCACUAUGAAAUAUUUAAAUAUGUUGAUUACAUUUAUCAAUUCACGGGUGAAAAAUUAAUUCGCAUGAAUAAGAAGGAAUUUCUAACCGAAUAA